AUGCUUAAUGUUUAUCUGCAUGCCCAAGAAGACUCCACCGCUAAAUUAUUCCAAUAUUCCCUGGCUUCAAGUAUUCCGGCUAUUUUAACGAACCUAAUGUUGGGAUCUUAUUCCGAUUUUAUUGGGCGGAAAACUAUAUUUAUAAUUAUGCUGGUUGGCCGUUUAGUUAGAGAUAUUACAACUGUAGUUGUUGUUAAUUUCACACUCGAUCUGAACUUUUUCUUUAUUGGAUAUGGCACUGAUGGAUUAUUGGGUUCUGUUUUUGCCUUUUACAUGGCAGCCUUUGCUUUUGCUGCAGAUGUAACGCCACCACAUAAGACAAGGGCAUUAGCACUUACUGUUCUUGAAUCUUCAAAGAACGUUGCAGAUGCAGCGAUUCAGGCCGUCAUUGGAUAUGCAAUCGAUUAUUUUGGAUCUUUGUUUGCUGGGUUAGCUGUUGUACAAACUAUGUGUUAUGCUAUUAGUGCCAGUAUUUUUAAUAAUAUAUAUGAAUAUACUGUAGACGAUUUUAGAGGCACCGUAUUUUUGGCUAUGGCAGGAUCUAAUUUCAUUGCAGCAAUAUUUUUAUUAAUGUCCAUGCAUGUCACGAAAAGAAGACAAUCAAAGAUGAGAAGAAUAUUACAUAUCCAACAUCCAGACGAGAAACAAGCUGAAUCAGAUUAA